CACACACACAAACAACUUCCGCAAACGAACUGUCUAGCUGUGUAUCAGCAAUUUAUCUCUUUCAUUUCAUUUUCAAAUUUUGGUGAGGUAGCAAGUAGUACAAUAAUACAACAAACGCUAAUAAAACAGUGAAAAAGUGAAAAAAAGAAAUUUGUGAAAAGUGAUGAAUACUAAAGCUGCAGUAAAUGGAGGUGGCCCUUUGCCCCAAAGACCGCAGAAAAAUCAAGUAGGAGAUAAGAAUUCGGAUAAAGGAAUGGAAGGCCCCGCCGAGAAAAAGCCACGUUUUAACCAAGGUGGUCCAGCUCAGAAUAAUCAGCAGAAUCAAAAUCAGAAUAAAGGUUUUGGCAACAAGAAUAAUAAUAAUAAUCAAGGCUUUGGAAACAGGAAAAAUCGUGGAGGUGGCAAUCAAAACCAAAACGUCAACCGUGGAAAUUUCCAAAAUCAGAACAAUCAACAACAACAACAGCAGCAGCAGCAAAAGCCCGCUCAAGCACAGGCUGCUACGCCCGCUGCUAAGGAUGAGAAACCAGCAGCCGAUACAAAACCAGCUGCUAACAAUGCUCCAGCACAGCAGCAAAAUCAACAGAACCAGAAUCAACAAAAUCAGAACCAACAAAAUCAGAAUCAGAAUCAGCAAAACCAGAAUCAACAACAGAAGCCAAAUCAGCAAAACCAACAGAAUCAACAUAACCAACAAAACCAACAGAAUCAACAGAACCAACAAAAUCAGCAAAAUCAACAACAAAAUCAGCAAAAUCAACAACAAAAUCAGAUGCAGCAGCAGUUCCAGCAAAAUCAAAACAUGAAUCGCCAACAGGGUGGUGGCGGCGGCGGCGGCUUUGGUGGUGGUGGCUUUGGUGGUGACGGAAUGAUGGGAAGAGGAGGAAACCGAGAUCGUGGACAAAAACGUGAUCGCAACUUUGGCAAUCGUGACAAUCGUGACGGUGGCAAUCAAAGAGGAGGUGGCGGCGGCGGUGGUGGCGAUGGACCCCGCGGUAAUCGCAAUGACGAUUUCUUCGUUAACCAACGUUUACGCUCAAUUUGUGGACCCACACACGAGAUGGAGCCAAUCCAAACGGCCGAAGAAAGCAAGUUCUCUGGGCGCAAUCGUCUCUAUGUUGGCAACUUGACGGGCGAAGUUAGCGAGGAAGAGCUACGUGAACUCUUCAAGCCAUUUGGCGAAAUCGCUGAAGUAUUCUGCAAUUCGGAAAAGAACUUUGCAUUCCUUAAAAUGGACUUUCACGCAAAUGCUGAGCGUGCCAAGAGGGAACUUGAUGGCUCGAAUCGUAAAGGCCGCGUUUUGCGUGUUCGGUUUGCUCCAAAUGCCACCAUUUUGCGUGUUGCCAAUUUGACACCAUUUGUUUCCAAUGAAUUGCUUUACAGAGCCUUCGAAAUAUUCGGGCCCGUAGAAAGAGCAUUGGUCAAUGUCGAUGAUCGUGGCAAGUCCACUGGUGAAGGCAUUGUUGAGUUCGCAAAGAAAUCUUCGGCAAAUAUUUGCUUGCGUUAUUGCAAUGAGAAGUGCUACUUUUUAACCGCUUCUCUGCGACCAUGCGUUGUAGAGCCAUUCGAACUCAAUGAUGACAACGAUGGCCUGCCAGACAAAUCAUUGAACAAAAAAUUGGCCGAGUUCAAUCAUGAGCGCGGAAUUGGCCCCCGCUUUGCCGAACGUGGUAGCUUUGAGCAUGAAUACGGCACCAGGUGGAAGCAAUUGCAUGAAUUGUACAAGAGCAAGCAAGAAGCCUUGAAACGUGAAUUGAAAAUGGAAGAGGAGAAAUUGGAAGCUCAAAUGGAAUAUGCAAGAUAUGAGCAUGAAACAGAACUUCUCAGACAAGAAUUGCGCAAGCGUGAAUCCGACAAUGAGCGCAAGAAGAUGGAAUGGGAAAUGCGUGAAAAGCAAGCUGAAGAAAUGCGCAAGCGCGACGAGGAACAAGUGCGCCGUCAACAAACUGAAAUGCAGUCGCGCAUGAUGCGCCAAGAAGAAGAGAUGCGUCGCCGCCAACAAGAAAACACAUUGUUCAUGCAAGCCCAGCAAUUGAACUCAUUGCUGGACCAGCAAGAGGGCGGUUUCAGUGGCAACUGCAAUAACUUUGAUGGCUUUGGAAACAAUCCAAAUCCAUUUGAUUUCAGAGGCAAUAACAAUGGUGGCGGUAACGGCCCCAAUGGUCCCAAUGGCCCCAGCGGCCCUAGCGGCGCUAACGGUCCCAAUGGGCCAAAUAAUCCCCAGGAUUUCGGAUUUGAAUUUGGUGGUAACCAAAAUCAACCAAGUGGUGGAGAUAAUGGAAAUCGCGGCGGCGGUGGACCCCAACGCGGUGGAAACAGUGGUGGAAACAACAAUCCAUGGGAACGCAGAAGACGUUUCUGAGAUGAAACUAACGAUGAUUCACAAAUAUUGAUCAAUAACUAAAAAUAUUGCAACGCAUAAAACACAUUUGAUCUUCAAAUUAGAGAAAAAGAGAGGCACAUACAUACAUACAUACAUACAUGUAUAUCGUCGGUGUAUUUGUGAUGAAAACAUUCAUUCAUCUGUUCUGAUCUGCAAGCAAAGUAGAUUUAGUUUUAAGUUUAAAAAGGCAAACAUGUUUCGACUUGCAUCAAAGUUAAUUCUUAGUACCUAUCUACCUACUUAAUUGAAAUUAACAAAUUGAGCCCAACUCUUGCACACGCUGUUUGUUGGUGAUGGUACCUCCUUGUAAGAUUGUGCUUCUUCCCUGCCCGCCCUGCACAUGCAAAAAUUACAUGGCGCAACAUCAAUGCUUUUCAAUACGUCUUUCUCAGUAUCCAUCAAACUCAGUAUCAAAAACA